AGGAGAGGGAGUAGCAAGGAAGAGGGGAGAUGGAGGUGCAGAAGGUCGUCUUGCCACCGCGAAGGAGCACCGCCGAGAAACUGAAGGGGCGGCUGAAGGAGACAUUCUUCCCGGAGGAUCCGCUCCGGCAGUUCAGAGGGCAGUCUCCCAACACGAAGCUGAUAAUGGCCGCCCAGUACAUUUUCCCGAUCCUCGAGUGGGCCCCUCACUACUCUCUCUCCCUCCUCAAAUCCGACGUCGUUUCCGGCCUCACCAUCGCCAGCCUCGCUAUCCCUCAGGGCAUCAGCUACGCUAAGCUUGCCAACCUCCCUCCCAUCGUCGGUCUAUAUUCGAGCUUCGUGCCGCCGCUGGUGUACGCGGUGCUGGGAAGCUCGAGGGAUCUGGCGGUGGGGCCAGUCUCCAUAGCGUCCCUCAUAUUGGGGUCUAUGCUCAGGCAGGAAGUGUCUCCGAACAACGAUCCUGUCCUCUUCCUCCAGCUGGCCUUCACUUCCACCUUCUUCGCUGGUCUCUUCCAAGCCUCUCUCGGCCUUCUCAGGCUAGGGUUUAUAAUAGAUUUCAUGUCGAAAGCAACGCUGACAGGGUUCGGGGGGGGCCCAGCCAUAAUAGUGUCACUGCAGCAGCUGAAGGCUCUGCUUGGGAUCACCCAUUUCACUAAGCAGAUGGGAGUAGUCCCUGUUCUCUCCUCUGUUUUUCGCCACACCGACGAGUGGUCAUGGCAAACAAUUUUGAUGGGAGUCUGCUUCUUGGUGUUCCUCCUCGCCACUCGACACCUCGGUAUGAAGAGGCCGAGGCUGUUCUGGGUGUCAGCGGGAGCUCCACUCGUCUCUGUGAUCGUCUCUACGCUUCUUGUCUUCGCUUUCAGGGCAGAUCGUCACGGCAUCACCGUCAUCGGGAAAUUACAAGAAGGGCUGAACCCGCCGUCCUGGAAUAUGCUCAAGUUUGGUGGAAGGCAUCUGGGUUUGGUCGCCAAAACAGGACUCAUCACCGGGAUAGUCUCGCUCACCGAAGGAAUAGCAGUGGGGAGGACAUUCGCGGCGCUGAAGAACUACCGUGUGGACGGUAACAAAGAGAUGAUAGCAAUAGGCCUAAUGAACCUCAUCGGCUCUUCCACCUCAUGCUACGUCACCACUGGGGCGUUCUCGAGAUCAGCGGUGAACCACAACGCGGGAGCCAAGACGGCUGUAUCAAACAUAAUAAUGUCGGUGACGGUGAUGGUGACGCUGCUCUUUCUAAUGCCAUUGUUCCAAUACACUCCAAACGUUGCCUUGGGUGCUAUCAUUGUUACAGCCGUCGUCGGCCUCAUUGACAUCCCUUCCGCUCUUCAUAUCUGGAAGAUCGAUAAGUUCGAUUUUCUUGUCUUCCUCUGCGCUUUUCUGGGUGUUAUUUUCAUCUCCGUCCAACAUGGCCUUGCCAUUGCGGUGGGGAUUUCGAUGUUGAAGAUAAUGAUGCAGAUAACGAGACCGAAAACGGUGAGGAUGGGGAAUAUUCCGGGGACUGGCAUUUACCGGAAUCUUGACCAUUACAAGGAGGCUCAGAAGAUCCCCGGAUUCCUCAUCUUAAGCAUUGAAGCUCCCGUCAAUUUCGCCAACUCCACCUACCUCACUGAAAGAAUAUCAAGGUGGAUAGAGGAUUGCGAAGCAGAAGAAGCUGCAGAGAAGCAUUCCAGUCUCCGGUUCUUGAUUGUCGAAAUGUCUGCCGUGAGUGGGGUGGACACGAACGGAGUAUCCUUCUUUAGGGACUUGAAGAGAGCAACGGAGAAGAAAAGCAUCGAGCUGGUGCUGGUGAACCCACUGAGCGAGGUGAUGGAGAAGCUGCAGAGAGGGGAUGAGGCAGGAGACUUCAUGAGGCCCGAAAGCCUCUUCUUGACCGUGGCCGAGGCCGUCUCCUCCCUCUCUCUCAAAUCCCACUCUCCCAACAACGUCUAAUUGCUACGCACCAUUCACGUCUUCUUCUCUCCAUCUUCAUUAUGUAUACGAUAGUUUCCCAUUUAAGGGUUGUGUCAUUAUGAUAACGUUUUAGACAUUAAUAAAUCACAUAUUUUCAUCC